CUACUGGUGUUUUUGUGUAGUGAUUAGUGGGGAGCGAAAGGAAGGAUGGCGAUGAUGCAGUGGUGCGGCGCAGUAGCAAAGAGAGUGCUGGUGAGUCCGCGAGCAGUAGGUCUACCAUCGUCAUUGGCGGCGGCUCCGAUAGUGUGCGGGCGGGGCGACAAGAAGACGAAGAGAGGGAAGAGAUUUAAGGGAUCGUUCGGGAAAUCAAGGCCUAAAAAAGAGAAGAUGAUAGAGCGUCUCAAGGACAAGGUUGAGGUCCCCAGGUCAACUCCUUGGCCUCUCCCUUUCAAGCUCAUUUAAUUUAACUCCAAAUUACUAUAACAAUAACCAAAAAAACUUUCACUUGCUUUGUUUUCGUGCCUCUCUAUUUGUAAUACCAUUUUUUUUUUAAUAGUGGAGCUAGGGUUUAUCUGAGCUUAAUGUAUGUGUACAUUUUUUAUGAAUUUUGAAUGGAUUUCUGUUCCAUGGAUUUGAA